AUGUCAAACACGCAGGUCGGAAAUGUGUACCAGACGAUCAUCAACGAUGUGAUCGAAAGCUCGAGCGUUGACUUCGAGGAGGGCGGUGUCGAUGAUCGGGUGCUGGAAGAACUGAGACGGGGCUGGCAAUCGAAGUUGUCGCAGCUUCAGGUAGCGCAGUUCCCCUGGGAUCCAAAGCCGGAGCCAGCACCUGUCAUUAACAACCCUCCCACCGUCCCAUCCAAUGCAGGCUAUCAAGCUCAAAACUCGCCCGCUCCUCAAUCCCAAGGCUUGACUAUGCCGCAACAACAACCGCCACAACAACCGCCACAACAACCGCAACAACAGCCGCAGCACCAAGGCGUGCCCCCGCAAGUCAACAAUGGACCACGUAUCAAGACAGAGCCUGGUCUCGAGGGACAAGGACUGUCUAUGCCACAAGCUCCAUUCCAAUCGCAACCGCCACUUAAUCAUCCAAACCACACUACCACUGCUCAGCAGAGAGCUGCCCAAUCGUUGCAUUCAAGCUAUGGUCCAAGAGCCGCUGCGUCCAUCAAUGCCAUCCACAACGGUCCCCAAGGCCAGUCGAACAUGAGCCAAGGUCAGUCGAACAUGAGCCAAGGUCAGUCGAACAUGAGCCAAGGUCAGUCGAACAUGAGCCAGCCGCAGCAACGAGCUAUGCAAGCUCCUCAGCAGCAAAACGGCCAAAACAUAAACAUGCAGCAAAUGUCAGCCGCUCAGCAAGCCCAAUAUCAACAGCAGCGCAAUCAAGCCAUGAUGCACGCCCAGAACAUGCAGCAGCAGCAACAGCAGCAGCAGCAGGGUAAUCAAAUCCCCACCACCCAGGCCCCAGGGCAAUUCAAGCAGAUGAAUGCACAAAAUCAGGCUCGGCAGAUGAUGGGUCAGAAUCAAGGUGUGCAGCAGCAACAGCAGCAGCAGCAGCAGCAGCGCAACAUGCAGAAUGGUGGACUUGGCAAUGCACAAACGGACGGCGCUGGCGAUGAAGUCGAGACCUUGUCUGUCAUCAAGCGUUUCUCUCCCUCCGGCGAGGAGAUCUCUAUGGGUCGUAUCGAAAUCGAUGGCUUGAUCCGCGAAAAGAUUGAAGCUAUGGGCAGCUCGAUGGAAGGCGGUGGACUCAUGCUCCCUCUUCACAAGGCCUCUACUUCAGCCAAGCGUCAACGCCGGGUUGCAAAGUCAAAGUCGGCUGUUGCUGCGCAGAUGGAUGGUGGCGAUGAUGAUGAUAACAAGGACGGCGGGAAUGGGGAGCUCGAUGAGGAUGCGAUUAAUUCUGAUCUGGAUGAUCCCGACGAGGGCGAUAAUGAGGAAGAGGAUGACGAUGAGAGCAUGGGACAUAUUAUGCUGUGCAUGUACGAUAAGGUGCAGCGGGUGAAGAAUAAGUGGAAGUGCGUCAUGAAGGAUGGCGUCUUGACCGUCAACGGCAAGGAGUACGUCUUCCACAAGGCGAGUGGGGAGUAUGAGUGGUAA